UUGUGCAGAGUGUCAUCGCUAAGUAGCCAGCUGUUUGCGAAAUAAUGCCCAUCUUUUUCAAGUAAAACUAACCAUUUGCAAUAUAAAUUUGAGAGUUUUGAAGUUAGUAAACUGAAUUUUGAAGAUGCCCAAGGUGCGCCGCAGUCGCAAACCGCCGCCAGAUGGUUGGGAGCUAAUCGAACCAACCCUCGAAGAGCUGGAGCAGAAAAUGCGCGAGGCCGAAACGGAACCGCAUGAAGGCAAACGAAUUACGGAAUCCCUGUGGCCCAUUUUCAAGAUCCACCACCAGAAGACGCGCUACAUCUACGAUCUAUUCUAUCGCCGAAAAGCCAUCAGCCGGGAAUUAUACGACUACUGUCUGAAGGAGAAGAUCGCCGAUGGCAAUCUAAUUGCCAAGUGGAAGAAGUCCGGCUACGAGAACCUCUGCUGUCUGCGCUGCAUUCAAACGAGGGACACUAAUUUCGGCACGAACUGCAUCUGCCGGGUGCCCAAAUCCAAACUGGAGGAGGGUCGCAUCGUUGAGUGUGUCCACUGUGGAUGUCGUGGCUGUUCCGGUUAAAUUCCAUGUGCAGGCAUCUCCACCACUCAAUUUGAAAGAAAUCAUCCUCAUACAACGUAGGACAGUAGGUACCAUUCUAGAUUCCACCUGGUUUUCUCCAUAGUAUGUAAAUACAUUUAAAUACAAGCCACAAAUAUAUUUAAAGGCAUGCUAAAAAUUUGUAAAGACGCUGCAGUAAAACGAUUAUGUAAAUGACAAGGCGUCGUAUUGAAAUGUUUUCCAAUUUGUUAAGAACAUGUAAAAAAUGAUAGAAAAAUCAGCACAAGCAGAAAAGCGACAUUUUUUUAUUACAAUUUAUAGAAAAAAUAGAAAUUAUGGAAGACACUUUGUAGUUUAUUCGAAUAAAUAAACAUUGUAAUUUAUAAAAAUGUUUAAAGUGCAGACUCAAAGCAUUUAAUAAAUUAAAUUUCAUACA